CGCUAAAACACGAGACAACCAACACGAGCCAGCCAAGCGAAGAAGAAGAAGCGCGAGCGUCGUUUUCAAAGCUCGUUAACGGCUGUUUGUUGCUCCGGUUGUCUUGGUGCUGUGUUUGCGGACCUGUAAGCGACAAAACGACCAUUAAUUAACUUCACCGUUAAUGUUACCGUGAUGGACACACUGUAACAGCGACCCGGCCCUCGCUCAGGAUUUAUGCUUCCUCCUUGACUUGAAGUUUAAAAUAUUAUGGACAAUCUGGAUUUCUCAGAAGAGGAAAUUCAAGAACAACUCGCACUCCUGGGCUACAAAAACAUACCGAAACACAGGCUGCAUGAAUUUAAACGAGAUCUUGAUGAACUGAUUCGACAUGGAGACUGGAAACGUUUUGCCUCGCCCACUCAAAUAAACUCCACCAAACCUCCGACAGCUACAUCUCAGCCGAGUCCACCAGCCUACACCAAAGAGAAAGUUAGUCACUGUCACUUUGAAGACUCUGAAGGGUUUUUCUUACAUGCCAGACAAGCGGACCUUGACAGACAGGUGCUCACCACCUGUCAGAACAGAGAUUAUGGGCGUCAGCAAGGAUGCUGCGACACGUACGCUCAGCACUCCGUGGCUUCAAAGCUGCGGUUGCCUUCAGGUGCUCCCAACAGGCUGCAGGUGGAGCCGGAUCCUGAUGAGACCCUCUACCCGCCGCUCACUGACAGCUACACAUCCACUCCUGACAGCCAGGGGAGACGCUUUAUCAAGAGAAAAGUCCUGAGGAAACACAAAGGACAGUCUCUUGUCUGCGAUGAAUCAAUCUACAGUGAAGACUCAGACGCAGCAAGCUGUCUGGAGGAACGACUGGCGGAGCUUAAUUUAUCCACGUCACCUCAACGUGUCUUUGAGACGGAGAACGAAGACAUAACCAGUCAGAGUGACACCCAGAGCUCAGAGACAGGGGGAAUCUCUAUGAGCGCCUUUGAAUCCUACAUAAGAGGCAUGACUCGAGCUCAAAGUGACGUCAGGCCCAAACCCAAAUCCUUCAUCCGACCAGUGAUGAGUCAGAAAGCCAUAAAGAAGACAGACCCAGUGGCCAAGUAUUUUCAGUAUAAGCAGCUCUGGGAAAUGUUUAAACUUCCAGGAGAAAAGGACCGGAGACAUCUCCGCCUGGAGAUAAAGGAACGACUUGCAUACCAACCUCCACCACCCAAACCUCGGAGAGUUUACGUGCCGAACACCUACAUUGUGCCAACAGAGAAGAAGCGCUCGGCCCUCCGCUGGGAGGUCAGAAACGAUCUGGCCAACGGUCUCGUUCCGUACAAAUUCAGCUAUCGAUUUUAAGCCUUUUGCUGUACACAUGCCUUUUAGAUACUUUUAAUAAAACUUUACAUUGUUGUUUUUUAACAUUGGCAUUAUUUAUUGAUGACAUUUUUGAACAUAAUAAACACAUAAA